AUAUAAACCUAGCUGUAGAAUCCACUUCGAAGAGAAAUGGCGGUUCUGAGAGGUAGUUUGGGCAACAUCUUUUCACAUCGUAAUCCUUUGUUUUUGAGCCUUUCACAUCUCACUACUCACCCCAAUUACCUCUUCCUCACUCCAAUGCACUCUCUCACACUCUCUGCUUCUCUUUCCACUUCCCACAACCCUUCUUCACAAGAGUCUCACUCUCGCUGGAGACCCAUGUGCUUGUAUCACUCCCAGGGAAAGUGCACCAAGAUGGAUGAUCCUAUCCACCUUGAAAGGUUUAAUCAUGAUUUCUCCAGGGAGCUUCAAGUGAAUGCCCCUGAGUUAAACAAAAUAUGCGCUCAGAAUUUAGACUUUUUCCUUGUGCUUGAUUUAGAGGGUAGGGUUGAGAUUCUUGAGUUUCCAGUUCUAAUGAUUAGUGCAAAAACAAUGCAAGUUGAAGACAUUUUCCACAGGUUUGUGAGGCCAUCAAAAAUGAGUGAACAAAGAAUAACUGAAUACAUUGAAGGAAAGUACGGAAAAUUUGGAGUUGACAGAGUUUGGCAUGACACAGCAAUACCAUUCAAGGAAGUUAUUCAACAAUUUGAAGCUUGGUUGAUGCAACAUCAAUUGUGGAUGGGUGGAGAACUUAAUCGUGCAGGAUUUGUAACUUGUGGAAAUUGGGAUUUGAAAACAAAGGUCCCUCAGCAAUGUGACGUGUCAAAGAUAAAGCUUCCUCCAUAUUUUAUGGAGUGGAUUAAUCUCAAAGAUGUCUAUCUAAACUUCUAUAAUAGGAGGCAGGCCACAGGAAUGGUUACAAUGAUGAAGGAACUGCAAAUCCCAUUGGUGGGAAGUCAUCAUCUUGGUAUUGAUGAUACAAAGAACAUAGCAAGAGUUCUGCAGCACAUGCUUGUUGAUGGUGCACUCAUUCAGAUUACUGCAAGGAGGAAUCCUAAGUCUCAUGGAGAUGUUAACUUUCUUUUCAAGAAUCGUAUUAGAUAGAGGAUUUCUAGAUGGACUAUGUAACUUUCUUUAAGAAUUUUCAUUAGACUUGUUUCUUCUGCAUAUUGGGAGAUUGGAAGUAACAAUACUUGCAUUUGCAUGUCUUAUGUACACAUAAUUUUGCAUUAGUAAGUAGUUGAAUUCAUCCAAUUCUGGGUAGCCUACUGAAUUUUGAUUUAGUUGAACUCAAAUAGAGUGAUGGGUUUAGUUAUGUACAACUUGGAAAUGUAAUUGUGUAGUAGGCUUUAUUUUAGAAGAAACAAACUACAAGUUGAUCACAUU